AUUCUAAACAGUUACAUUGUUUGUUUUUUAUUAGUAUUAUUAUUCGAUUUUAAAAGAUGCAACCGAAUAUUUCUAAAUGUAAAAACAUUUUAAAAUAAAACUUGGGGAUCCCUGGGUCAAAACCAGUUGAAAACCUCUGAUCUACAGGCUAUAUUAGCAAUGCCUCUGAAAUUAGUCUACCCAAAGAAUAUAUUUGUGGUCAGAAUAACUCACAAAGCCUGACUACAAGAGUUCUCGUCGAGUUGUGCUUAGGAAUUGUCAAUUUUUUACCAUUAUAGUAGUAAAAUAAUGUUUGUUUUUUUUCCAUUACGAACGUUAAACGAAACAUAAUUACAGCGUAUCACCCUGCUGUAAAAUCCGGCUAUGACCAUCUUGAAAUACCAGCCACUGACCUGGUCAACCCAUGUUGAGUAAUGGAGCUGGUCUAACUGGUCAACCAGCUACCAGUUGUUUCAAAAACCUAGCUUUUUAAAAUUAUAUAACAGGGCAGUGCAUUAGUAUUUUCGCCACGAUGAAAUCUCUGACUCUUUUUAUUGAGUAUAAAAUGCUGCUGUGUGAGUAAUACAAAUGAGCACAAUACAUUUGAGGAUUUUUUGGUAUUUUAUCUCUUGCGAUAAAUUGACCCGUGACAGAAAUUGCUACCAACCGUGGCAGACACCCUUAAGUUUCGUUUCAUCUCGGGUUCCAUCGAUUCGGAAAGUGAAAGUCAACUGUAUGCGGGUCUGCUGCAGUGGCUUAUUUCUAGGCAAUUUUAAGGGAACGAGUGAAAAGAUGGCCGCGUCUUAAUACGUUUUUAGAAGGAAAAAAAGAAAUAUUACCGAAAGAAGGAAUACCGAAGGAAUUCUUCAGUCGUAUUCAGGGGAACCUGCUUGGCUGUGGUUGCAUUGAAAUUUGUAGUUACUCGUCAUUCGCUGACUAAUGGCCUACCGGUUGUACCGUUGCUAUUCACAUAUCAGCAGCUUUCAAGGUCUGAGGGGUCUUCCAAACUAUGGUCUGUCCUGCUGUGUCAAUGCACUGCUGCAGUCUUUUUCUGCCACACGGGAACUGUUGCCACUCCUAAAUGGAUGGACCAAUGACUCUGGGGCUACAGAGAAAGCAAAGAAUGUACCAGAGCAUUUGCAGAAAACAUUGCAAGCCAUGCAGGGUGACAGGUUCCUGACAGACCCCCACAAAAGUUUCUUGUGCUGCCUGGACCGCAACCGCAUCCCCAUGUCUGUCCAGCAUGAUGCAGAUGAGGUCUUCCUCACCAUUAUGAACCUUAUACAGGAGCAGAUGAGUGACACAGAGCUGGCUCAGCAGAUCAAGCAUCUUUACAUGGUAAAAGUUGAGGAGUAUCUCCAGUGCAAUGACUGCACAUAUAUUCAGUCUGGAGAGACAUACUUGCUCAGUCUCCCCCUGCCCUUGCUACGUGGUAGCAACACCCUGGAAGAUUGUUUCAGGGAUUUCUUUGAGCUACAGAAGCUGGACAAUGGCAACAAGUGUUUUUGUGAGAGGUGUGGAGAGAAGACUCCAUCUGAACAGGGCUUCAAACUCAUCUACCUACCUGCAGUGGUGUGUGUACACCUGAAGAGGUUCCGUUAUGACAAUGGUUACACCAAAAAGCUGUACUCCAAAGUUAGCUUUCCUCCAGCUCUUGACUUCAAAAAAAUACUGAAACAAGAGCAGGUCUCAAAAUCUUCUGAACAGAGUGAGUGGCAGUAUAAGCUGUAUGCUGUUAUAGUGCAUUGUGGAACUGCCAUGUUUGGACACUACACAGCCUACAUCAAACAUGAAGGGGACAUCUGGUACUAUGCAAAUGACAGUCAUGUGUCCGAGACAACAUGGGCACGUGUAGAACAUACAUUUGGAGGCAGUAUGGGAAAUGACACUGCAUACAUGCUGCUGUACAGAAGAACAGAGGGGGAGAGAGAACCUGAGUGCUCUGGUUGAUGGAAGCAGAAUAUCAGGGAAAUAAAUUCUAGGACGGGAGUCUCUCCGCUCAGCAAAAAAAGACAAUCAUCUUUACCUACCAAAACAUUUUUGGUACAGAUGACUACAGUUGUCAAGAGAGUUUUUGAGUAAAUAGCUUUCAUAGGAAAACAAUCAAUGGAAUGGGAUGAUGGGAUGAUAAACAAAAGCACACAUUUGUUUACAUUUGGAUUGGGAGUGUGCUGUUUUUGGUCUGUGUGGGUGUAAUGUAAUUACUUGUACGAAUUGCAAAUAUGUUGCACAUGAUGUUUGUUAUUAAAAUGAAAUCUGAAUAUAAUAAAGUGUAAAUUUGAUUGAACAAGUAAGGAUGUUUGCAACAAAUUAGAGACAAGGUGCAUCGUUGACUCUGGUUCAAAGAGGACCACAAUGGAAAGUAUUUUCACUAUCGUGUUUUAUCCUUUUAAUGUAUUAACUUUAUGCUUUAUGUAUACGCAUAUUGUACAUUGAUUCUUACCAAAUAAAUUCAACCAAUCUAUCAUG